GCCUAAACUAUAUUUAUUUUGACAUUGACGUGGGUGCGUGAGAAUUACACGAUUUCUGAUUGGUCACUUGUUGCUAAGGUGACGUCGUUUUAUUUACAGUACAUUCGUAAAUAAACCUUUUGAUCGAUCAGCUGCUCACAGAUUUUAAUCGUCUGAUUUAUAUUGUGAAUCUUGUGAUUUAUAGUUGUUUUCUAGAUUUCUGCUUUUAUUGUGUUUUAUAGAUUCUCUAUUUAUUGCUAAAACAUCGAAAGUCUGAGUUUUUAUACAAUAUUCCAGCUGUUGACAUAUUUUUAGUCCGGGACAUUUCCACCUGUUUUCUGGAUAUGGCGUCAUCAGCAUCUGCUCGCGUGGCCUCUCUGUAUGUCGGUGAUCUUCACCUGGAGGUCUCGGAGGUCAUGCUGUACGAAAGGUUCAUCAUGUUUGGCCCGAUUCAGUCCACCCGAGUGUGUAGAGACAGAAACACCUGCAGGUCUCUGGGCUACGGAUAUGUGAACUUUGUCAACCAUUCGGAUGCCGAGCAUGCAAUGGACAUUUUGAUGUUUGACCUCCUCAUGGGUCGGCCGAUGCGCAUCAUGUGGGCCGACCGAAACCCCGCAUUGAGGAUCACAGGUGUUGGCAACAUCUUCAUUCAGGGUCUGGCCAAGAACAUCACCAACCUGACUCUACACGACACCUUCUCUCGUUUCGGCACCAUCUUAUCUUGCAAGGUGGUUGCUGAUGAGAAUGGCUCUAAGGGAUAUGGUUUCGUCCAUUAUGAGACCUACGAAGGCGCUGAACGAGCCAUUCAGACGCUCAAUGGGAUGAUGCUGAACGAUCAGCUGGUGUCUAUUAGUCACUUCAGAUCGUUCCAGGAGCGUCAGUCAAACCCUGAGCGUGCAAUGAAGAACUACAAGAGUCACUUCCCGGGGGUGCAUCUCUAUGUUAAUAAUCUACCCUACAGCUGGACGGACAACCAGCUGCAUAGAGCGUUCUCCCCGUUUGGAACCGUCACCAAUGCAAAGGUGGUGAUGAACGGUGGCCGCAGCAAAGGGUUUGGAUUUGUGUGUUUUGCAAGCCGCGAAGCCGCAGCUCAAGCCAUUUCAGCAAUGAACGGACGGGUCAUUGCCAACAGACGGCUGAAUGUUGCCUUCUCGCGGGUCAUGGACCAGGACACGUCUGUGUCUGUGGCCCACUGUGAAACACCUCCUGUGGUUGCUAAGAUGCUGCUUCCUUCUGGACGCUUUGGUGCCAUUGUUCCACAGGCUAAUACUGGUCAUCAGCUCACCAGACACCUUCAGCUUGAGUCCUGCUGUCGUCAGGAAGCAGCGUGUCUCCUGUCUAACUGUGAGAGUCUUGUCUCGCUGGUCUCUCCACUGCUGUUAGACACGCUGGUGUCCCACACGCCAGUAGAUGCACUGCAGCAUGUCAACCAGGAGCUGUCAGAGCUGAUGUCUGAUCCCAUCAUUGAUGCUCCUGGAACAUCAGACACUUUCAGCGCUGUAACCUCUCCGCUGUCUGGAGACUUCGGUGCUGUCUUUCCAAAGACUCAUAGCAGUGCCGGUCAGCAGAUCUCCAGCUGUCUUGUGUUCAGUCGUCGCUGGUUUGCAGAUGUUGCUCUGCCUCAGUGUGAGACUCUCGUCCUCCUGGUCUCUCCACUGCUGUCAGACACUUUUGACUCUGAGACGCCCCGCAUGCUGACCGUUAACCAGGAACAGUCAGAGAUGACGCCCGACCGAGCCACCAACGCUCCUGGACCAUCAGACGCCUGCAGUGAUGUUGCUGUGGUUCACGACAGGUUUGGCAACGGUUUGGGUGAGAUAAGACACAUGAGCAGAUUCAAGGUAGGAGAAAUCUCUUGGUUGUUUAAGGAUUUGCACUCGACACAGUUCUUCACAUUAAGGGUAAUCUUUCACUAAUAAAUGCGUGAGUUUGAAACAUCUUUAGUGAAACACACAAACUCUGUCCUCUUAUCAGGUGAUGGUGGUUAUGGAUGGUGUGUUUGUGUCAGUCCUCUGCUGCUCUUCUGAUGACACUGUGACUGAGAUCAGGAGGAUUCAAGAGGAUCUUCUCCUUUACAGUGAGCGUCUCUUCUUUAACUCAGCAGACCAGAUUGUGACCUCUGACACAUCCAGCCCUCUCCUGGCCAUUCAGAGUGUUCACCCUGAGAGUGAGUCUUCCUCCGGCUCAGGUGAACAGAUUGUGUCUGAUACAGUCCAG